AAAAAAACGAGCGUCUUAUUUUGAAACAUCCAACCGGAAGCUCGGCUUUUCUUGCUCACGCGGCUUUAACGUUUCAACGAGCGAGCAGGCGGAGAGGACCACGGCAUCUAAAAACGACUUGGAAAAACUACUUGGAGAGCUCCCAGUCUCGGCCUUGAAGGGGUCGGCGGGGCACCAGCAUGAGCCAGGAGACGCUGGAGUCUGAUGGAGAGUGUGCUCAGGAUGUGGCUGACUUUAACUGGGACGACUACCUGGAGGAGACUGGAGCCGUGGCCGUGCCCCAUCAUGCCUUCAAACAUGUGGACCAGGGUCCGCAGACGGGACUAACCCCAGGCAUGAAGCUGGAGGUGUGUGCGCGCUCAGAGGCUGACAGUCCGUACUGGGUGGCCUCCAUCAUCACCACAUGUGGCCAGCUGCUGCUGCUGCGCUACGAAGGAUACCAGGACGACCGCCGCGCUGACUUCUGGUGUGACAUCAUGACUGCAGACCUGCACCCUCUGGGCUGGAGCCGGCAGCACGGCAAAACCAUGAGGCCGCCCGAGGGUGUGCGUGAAAAACAUCCAGACUGGGAGGCUCUGCUGGAGAAGGCCUUGGCUGAGGAGUGCAGCGCUCCCGCCAGCCAGCUGGAAAUGCCCCAGCGUGGCAGAGACCCAGUGGAGCUUCUGUGCGCGGGCUGCUACGUGGAGCUCCAGGACGGCGCCGACCCGGGGCUGGUUUGGGCCGCGGAGGUGGAGGAGAACGUCGGAGGAAGGCUGAAGCUGCGACUGCUCGGCACCGAGGGCCUCCCAGACACACCCGCCACACUCUGGCUCUUUUAUCUCCACCCACGCCUGCACCCACCCGGGUGGGCUAAAGAGCACGGCUGCACCCUGAGGCCUCCUUCAGAGCUCUUGGCACUUCGGACUGAGGUGGAGUGGGAGGAGGUUAGACAGAGGAUAAGCAACCUUCCUCAAGAUGAAGCUCUGUCUGCAGAGUUUACUAAGGAUCAGCCUGCCAUUGCUGAUCAUUGUUUCAAGGAAAGGAUGAAACUAGAAGCUGUUGACCCUGCUGCACCUAUUUCCAUCAGGCCUGCUACUGUCGCCAAGGUGUUCAAUGAGAAAUACUUUCUGGUGACAAUGGACGACCUCUGUGGGAUUGAUGAGUCCGAAGGCGCCGGUCGAUCCUUCCUGUGUCACAGAGACAGUCCAGGGAUCUUCCCGGCUCAGUGGAGUCUCAAAAAUGGGCUCUCCCUCUCCCCCCCACCAGGAAACCAGGGUCCAGACUUUGACUGGGCAGAUUACCUGAAAAAGUGCGAGUCCGAGGCCGCUCCUCAGCACUGCUUCCCAAACGAUCAGAGUGAGCACAGCUUUAAAGAAGCAAUGAAACUGGAGGCUGUCAACCCGCUGUCACCUGAAAACGUUCAUGUGGCCACAGUCACAAAGGUCAAAGGGCAAUACGUUUGGCUUAGCCUGGAAGGCCUGAAGCAGCCGAUGCCAGAGCUGAUAGUUCAUGUGGAUUCUCUGGACAUGUUUCCAGUCAGCUGGUGUGAAACAAACGGCUACCCGCUGGUCUACCCCAUCAAGCUCCCAGUCGAAAAAGAAAGAAAAAUUGCAGUUGUGCAGCCAGAGAAACACAGAACGCCACCAAAGUCUUCCUCACCUGAUGCAGUCAAACAGCAGAUGACAAACCAGUCUGAGACAGGCCAGGGCAACGGAAAGUACUGCUGUCCCAAGAUCUAUUUCAACCACAGGUGCUUCUCAGGUCCUUACCUUAACAAAGGACGCAUUGCUGAGCUGCCUCAGUUCAUCGGACCUGGAAACUGUGUCCUUGUUCUAAAAGAGGUUUUGACUCUGCUGAUAAACUCUGCGUACAAGCCCAGCCGAGUGCUGAGAGAGCUGCAGCUGGACCAGGAGAGCCGCUGGCAGGGCCACGGAGAGAUACUCAAAGCCAAGUACAAGGGAAAGAGUUACAGAGCAACGGUGGAAAUUGUUCGCACUGCAGACCGAGUGGCAGACUUCUGCAGGAAGACCUGCAUCAAACUGGAGUGCUGCCCAAACCUGUUUGGACCACGCAUGGUUCUAGAGCACUGCUCGGAGAACUGCUCUGUCCUCACCAAGACCAAAUACACGUAUUACUAUGGAAAGAAAAAGAGUAAACGUGUUGGUCGUCCUCCUGGGGGACAAACUAAUUUAGAUAGCGGUGUGAAGAGGAGAGGAAGGAGGAGGAAGAGGAGGAAGCAGCUGUUUGUCCAUAAAAAGAGGCGCUCUUCGGCUUCGGUGGACAACACCCCUGCUGGGUCUCCGCAGGGCAGCGGGGAAGAGGAGGAUCUGGAUGAAGAUGACUCCUUGAGUGAAGACACUAGCUCCGAGAUGCUGGAUGACCUCCAGGAUGAUUCUGAACAGUCGGUCAGUAAAUCUCAUCCCAACACACCAUCCCCCUCCCCACCAGCAACACCCAGGCCCUCGCGCAGACGCCGGAAACCCUGCUCGCCCUCCUUCUCUGAUGAUGAGAACCACCCGCCUUCACCCAAGGCGUCAAAGGUUGAGCCUCCUCAGAAGUUGUGUUUGGACACCAGCCCACUGGAGUGGAGCGUUUCUGACGUGGUUCGCUUCAUCAGGACCACAGACUGUGCACCUCUCGCAAGGAUUUUCUUGGAUCAAGAGAUUGACGGGCAGGCGCUGCUGCUGCUGAACCUUCCGACGGUGCAGGAGUGCAUGGAUCUGAAGCUAGGGCCGGCCAUCAAGCUGUGCCACCACAUCGAGAGGGUCAAACUGGCAUUUUAUCAACAGUUUGCUACGUAGUUGAUGGACAAGUUUUAUGGGACGUGGCUGCAUCCUGCUUUGCAUAUUCUUUCUGGGAAAACAUGGAAGAUGUACAGCUUUGAUGGGUUUUCUUAAAAAACAAACAGUUUUUAAGAAUCUGUUCACACAAACAUGGUUGGUGAAGCAACAUUUCCUGAGCCUCAGGGACAAAAGAGCCAAGAAAAAGGAUCAAAAACAUUUUGUAAGCUCACUGGGUGAAGGCACAAAGGAAGAGUGGAAGACGCGUUGAUGCACAAAGGUUUUAAAACAUGAGCAUGAACUUGGCACCCUUUGAUGUUCAUAUCUAACCUAUUUGAGUUUCUUAGUUCCUUCAUCUUUCUUGUCCUGGAGUAGAGUGAAUGAGCAUCACUCCUGCAACUGUUGAUAUGAGCAUUUGCAUUUUCUACCUUAUUUUAAGAAGUUAAAGUAGUACAUGUCAUUGUUUGCCCAAGAUUAUAAUGAAUCUUCUGUUUUCUGUUGUGACCUUUAAAUCUACAGAUAGUUCCCUUGGGUAAGCCCACAUUGGAAGCCAGUGUACUGUGCUCAGUUGCUGUAGACUCAAAAAACCAGUUGAGUCUGCCUUUCCUCAGAAAUCAAGCAAUCAGUUGCAUCAAAUAAUGGUUAAAGGAAGCGCUAAAAAUAAUAAUUUGAUAAGUUAAAAAAUGCAAUAAUAGUCUCAACACAUUGCUGGUAAUGCGUUGACUUGUAAGCAUGCAACAUAUUAAUUUUCUGCAAAUAAUAAUUUUUCUUUAGAUUUUUCAAUUUGUUUUUUGUCCUGCAAUAUUUCAGAGGUUUCCAGUGAGGAUCCUGUGAUGAAAGCACACGCAGAAACACGUGGUGGUUUACUACAGUGCAUGUUUGUACAUAAUGUACAUAUUUAAAUAUUUUAGUGCAACAGGGUGAUUUGAAAGAAAAAAAUAUAUUGUCUGCAUAACAAAUGUGUAAAUGUCCAAAUUAUACAAUAUAUUUGCACAGAAUAGACCUAAACUUUCAUACAUUAGGUUAAAAAAAAUUGAGUCAAAUCCGCGGAGUAGUUUUAACAGACUGCAGUUUUUAAAAAGCUUUUGUAAUUUGUUAUUUUCAUGUAGUGUGAUUUAUUGUAUUAAUUUUGUCUUCCAUUGUUUGCCAAUUUACUUGUUGGUUCAUUCGUUAAAAGGAGUAGAACAAACUUAUUUGAUGUUUGAAGAUCAUCGCAAGUAUUCAAAAACAAAACCCGCA